GAAAAAGUUGUCGAUUUCGAACUCUGACUUUUCGGAAAAUGUAUAAUAUUUUCCUCUUUUUAGGUAUUUUGCUAAUUAGUGUAGCAGCAAUUGAUUUCGAUAGUCCGAGUGAAGUUUUCGCAAUAAUAGGAACAAAUGAGACACUAGUGUGUCAGGCUAACGAACCUGUUGUGUGGUGGUCAAAAGACGGCACUAAUAUCACAAAAACUGACAUAAGGUUCGAAAGAAACACCACUGAGAAUGAACCAUUUGAAAGUGAAAAUGAACUAAAACCAGCAGGAAAGCGUACUUAUAGUCACACAUUAAUGCUUGUUAAUGUCACAAAGGAGCAUAAUGGAACUUACUUGUGCCAUUUCCCAGAGACUGAAAAGGAUAAAAAUGUGUCAAUGCAAAUCUCAUUCUCUGUUAUAUCUGUUCAACUUCCACGCAUAAUUCCUCCUGUUAAUGAAGAGAUCAAAAUCAAAGAGAAAGAAAGUCAAAGUGUUGAUUUGGUUUGUGUGAUUUCAGCUCUUCCAACGGCUUUGUUUAAUGGUUCAGUGAAAUGGGAAAAGGAAACGAUUGAUCGACUUGAAAACAAGGACUCGUCAGAUGCAUCGGAGAUCAAUGCUGUCAUUUCAAAUAGGACUAAGAUUUCAUCGAACGAUACACACAUAACUAUCAGUGUCAGAAUUGAUAAAGCCAGCAAAAAGCACAAUGGAACGUACAUCUGUUCAGUGUCACAACCACUUGCCUUGGAUAAAUCUUUUGAAAAAAUCGAGAAGAGGAUUUCAAUUUUAAUUCAAAGUGCGCCAAUUGCAAUGAUAAGUUUUGUGAAGGCAAUUGGAAAGAAUCGAAUUUUUCUCAACUGGACCGUAACUGACGAUGGCAACUCGCCCAUUCAAAUGUUUCUACCUCAAUUCAAGAUGGAAUUCGACACAACCUUUCACUACACACCUAACAAAGUAGGUGCAAAUCAAACAUCAAUGGUCAUCGAGAAACUUAUUCCAGACACAAAAUAUCAAUUCAAAAUAUCGGCGAAAAAUGAAAUUGGUUCUGGGCCAGUCACAGACUGGAACAUGCUGGUUAAGACGCUCACCGAAGAUCCAGUUUUUACACCAAUAAUCGAAGUAAAAGGAAAUUCUCAUUCAACAAUAACAAUCGGAUGGCAACCGCCAUCACAAGAACUACUUGAUUACAUUCACUAUUAUGAAGUUAUUGUAUUCCAAGCUGAUAACAAAACGAUCGAAGAAGCGAUUCAUCCUCAGAAUUCUAGAAAUUUACCCUACAUGGUGAUGAACUUGAAGACAGCAACAGAAUAUUUCUUCAAAGUUAGAGCGUGUAGCGAGUAUAACAAAGAAUGUGGAAACUGGUCGGAAACUGUUAACGGUACAACUAUGGAUGGGCAAUCAAGUGCUCCGUUGGAUGUGAAGAUAAUUUGCAUGCAUCAUAAUGUGUCUCGUCGUAACAUUGUAAGCGUUGAAUGGAGUGCACCAUCGAAUCCAAAUGGAAUUAUUAUGUCAUACCAAGUCUUACUCGAUGGAACCGCUCAUUUCAAAUCAGAAACUGGAAACUUUGUCAAUCAAACAUGGGGACCGAAAGCUAAAAAUGUAGAUCGGACACAUGAAACUAAAGCAAUUUAUGAUAACGUGCCAGCAAACACAAAUUUCACAGUCAACAUUGCGGCAAUAACUCGAAGUAAAAAGCCGGGUGAGAAAGCUUCUGCAUUGUGUACGAUGCCUCCGACUAUUCCUGAUGCCGUUCCAAAAGCACAUUUUGGAAAGCAACACACCGAAGAUUACAAUUGGAUAUUUAAAUUGUCUUUGCCGAGGGUGUCUGAGAGAAAUGGAAAAGUUUGUUGCUAUCGUAUUUACAUGAUUCGACUUGGAAAAGAUCUCAACGAGAAACAACCGGAAGACAUGGAUGUAAUGACAUAUGAAGAUGCCCAUAAUGCAACAAAUUUACAUGGUGGAGCUUAUUUAGCAAACAUUAUUCCAAGUGCAAAUUAUCAAGCAGAUAUUCCACUCGGAAGUGGUCAACAUUAUAAAGUGGCAAAAAAUCUUUUCAACGAGAAAUGUCGCGGAUGUUUAUCAAACAUUAUAAGAAGAAAAGCUCAUGUCAUUAGCGAAACAGAAGAUGAAGAGGAGGAUAAGGAAGAAGAAGAAGGAAUUGAGAAGGCAGAAGAAGUAACAGAAGAGACAAAAGCUGAGAUAGAAAUCAAAACAAGACGGAGAAGAAGACGUCACGGACAUUCAGAACAAUCGGAACCUCAGCAACUCAAUAUCUUGGAUUCUCUCUCAUUGAAUCAUGCAGUGGAAAGAAGCCCAGAUUCGAUUGACAUUUUUGACGGUCCAUUGGACAUAAGUAGUAAUUAUAGUGGAUUUGUCGAAGUAAUUGUUGAAAAUAAUGACUUCAAUGACGAUAAAACUUUGUCAGUGUUUGGUGAUUUUUUUCCACCACUGUCGCCAAAGCCACCGACAAUUGAUGAUAAGUCUGACGACCAGAUGCUUAUGGCAAUAACAUAUUUGCUUGCUGGCUUGAUUAUUUUAGUGAUUUCACUUUUCUUCUUACUUUGUCUAUUGCAUCGUUAUCAGAAGAAGCACAUAAUUCAGGGAAAUGAAAUUGUAAGCUUGACUGAUUCGUUGAGACUUCUUUGUCAUGGCGGGCGUGCUAAUCAUCACCAACAUCGUUCAUUAAACACUGUUUCGAAGCCGCCAGAUCUUCCGCCAAUUCUUCGAGAGAAUCUUCCUCAAGCUUACGUUGAUCGUCAUAAGGAUUCUGAUUAUGGCUUUCAGCAUGAAUUUGAGUUGCUACCCGAUCGUUUUACAGACCGGACAUCACGUUCCGGAGAUAUGAAAGAAAAUGUUUACAAGAAUCGCUAUCCGGAUAUUAAAUGUUACGACCAAACGAGAGUUAAGUUAUCAACACUCAACGGCUUGGUCGGCUCAGAUUACAUUAAUGCAAACUUCGUAAUCGGAUACAAGGAACGGAAGAAAUUCAUUUGCGCUCAAGGUCCAAUGGAUAGCACUGUUAAUGACUUCUGGCGAAUGAUUUGGGAACAGCAUUUAGAAAUUAUCAUAAUGUUGACGAACCUUGAAGAAUACAAUAAAACAAAAUGUGCCAAAUAUUGGCCGGAACGUGUCUCAGAUUCAGUUCAAUUUGGCGAGAUGACAGUAACAUUUGAAAGUGAACAAAGAUUCUCAGAUUAUUUGAUCAGAAAUAUUAAACUCAUUAAACGAAAUUUAAAUAGCGACGCUGAAAAUGCAACUGAUGAGCCAGCUCGCAAUAUAACUCAAUAUCACUAUUUAGUAUGGAAAGAUUUCCAAGCACCAGAACAUCCUUAUGGCAUAUUAAAGUUUAUUAAAACUAUAAAUGCAGAUUAUUCUGUACAAAGAGGGCCACUUUUGAUUCAUUGUUCGGCUGGUGUUGGUCGAACAGGAACUUUGGUUGCAUUAGACUCUCUCAAGCAACAGCUCAAUGAAGAGAAUCAAGUUGCCAUAUUCAACACCAUUUGCGAUAUGCGACACCAACGAAAUUAUUUGGUUCAGUCAUUGAAACAAUACAUUUUCCUGUAUCGAGCCUUGCUCGACGUUGCGCAAUUUGAUGACACUGAGCUUAGAUAUAAAGGUCUCGCUGCAUCUGUUGAAGCGUUAAAGCAACGAACAUCUGAUAGCAAGGAACAGUCAAAAUUAGAAAUUCAAUAUGCAAAGCUUAAGUCACUUCAAGAUGAUAUUAGAAAAACUUGCUCUGUAGGAGGUGGCGAUGAGAAUCUUGCAAAGAAUCGACAUGAAGAUGUGAUUCCAUUCGAUAGGAAUCGCGUAAUUUUAACACCAAUUCCUGGACGCGAUCACUCAACUUACAUUAAUGCUUCGUUUAUCGAAGGCUAUGAUAAUCAGGAAUCAUUUAUAAUUGCACAAGAUCCACUGGAGAGUACGAUUGGUGACUUUUGGCGGAUGAUCUCAGAACAAAGUAUACCAACGAUAGUGAUGAUGUCGGAAAUUGGUGAUGUUAAUAACAAUAAAUGUCCGCGCUAUUGGGCUGACGAUGAGAUUCAAUAUGAUCAUAUAUUAGUAAAGUAUAUUCAAAGUGAAAGUUGUCCCUAUUAUACAAAGCGUGAAUUCUCUGUCACAAAUUGUAAGAUAAAUGAUACAAUUAAUGUUACACAUUUUCAAUACAAUGGUUGGCCAACUGUGGAUGGUGAAGGGCCCGAAGUUACACGUGGAAUUUUGGAAAUUGUUCAUCAAUCUCAAACCCAUCAUCAAUCAAAGAUUGAUGAAGACAGCACACCAAGACCAAUGCUUGUUCACUGUUGCAAAGGCACUGAUAGAAGUUCAAUUUUUGUUUCAAUGUGCGUGCUUGUUCAACAAUUGCGUCUAGAAAAACGUGUUGACAUCCGUGUGACAACACAAAAGCUUCGAACACAACGAGCAGGAAUGAUUGAUUCUGUCAAUUCAUAUGAAUUCUUGCAUCGCGCUUUGGUCGAUUUUGCUAAUUUGCACAAAAGUUCAUUUGAAAAUUCUCCGUGUUAAGCAUGAUUAUUAUAUUUAGAUUGAAAGAAAACAAAAACACAAACAGAACUAAUGAGCAGCCAAUAGACUUUAUGUAUAAAACAAACCACCAGAUCUUCUGGCAAUGUCUAGAAAUUCAAAAAAAUUACUGACAAUGAUACAACAGAAACAUUUUUUAUAAUUAUUGGAACUGAAUUACCCAUUUAAGAAACGAUGAAAACAAUAUUUUAUAACUAUUUUUAAUGACGAACUUUAGUUUAAUCUCUCUUCUAGUUAUCUAUGUUUUUGACUAUAUUUAAUAUAAUAUCUGCAGUAACUUAUUCGCAAAAAAUGAAAAAUGUUUUCUAAGAAAAUUCCAUUUAACUUCCCUGCGUCAUUUGAUAUGCAAUUUGCUGAAAAAAAAAUCAUUUAAAUAUAAAAAGGAAAAUAUUUAAUUGAAGGAAUCAGAAAUGCGUUGUUUAAUGAAAAAAAUGUUUUAUGAUAAGUAGAUGUGUGACUUUCUGAUUUAAAAACUUUUAACGUUAUUUCCCAAAUGCUUGAAUGAUCCUUCAAUUAGGUAUGAACGGUUUGAAACUUAAAUAAAGCAAUUGAAUCUCAAACGUAAAGAAAAAGGAAACCAAAAUCACUGACAAAAAACAUUAAUUUUCUUGGAGUAUUCACAAAAUCUGUUUUAUGAAAAUGUUCGAAGUUAAUGUCAUAUUUUGAAAAUUGAAAGAAACAAAACGCAAUGAAAAUGUGUAGCACUCACAAAUUUGAGAAAAUUUAAAUGUAAUAAUUUACAGUUAAUUGAAGUAUGCCAUAUGAAGAGAUUUUGACGAUAAAUGAGUGAUAUAAAAAUGAGUGGGUGUUGAAAUUGAACAUUUAAUCCAUUUUCAUUAUUAAAGUUCAAAUUUUAAUCUGGAUUAAUAUAAAUCGGAUUAAAAGCUUUUUCUUGUUAAAUCCUGGAUUUAAGUAAAACUUUGGUUUUUCUCAGAAAGUGACACUCAACAAUCAAUCUUAAACGAUUAAAUACUUCUCAAAACAACAUAAAAAAUAUAUUUGUAAUACUGUUCAAUGAUAAAAUGAAGAAAAUCGAAAAAAUUUCUUUUUAUCAGUUUUGCUCACCAAACAAAAUUCUAUUGUAAGUAUAAGAAUGAUUGAAUUGCUUUGAUCACUUUGUGUGCCCUUUUGAAUGCAAGAAACCAAUAAUGAGUUUAGUUCGAACAUUCCGCGAUUAACAAGACAACACAAAAAAGCAUUUCAAAAUAUAAUAAACAAAAAACAAAAAAAAAAAUAUUCCUAACCACUAGUCUUAUCAAAAUCAAAAAAGUGAAAUUAAUAACAAGAUGAUUAAAACUGAAUUUUAAUCACAAUUUAUGUACUGCUUUAAUGUAAAACAUGUUUCUUUUUCCUCUCCUAUAAUGCUUAUUCUUAAAACAUUUUUAAUCGGAAAGUGAAAACUUUCGCUAAUGAAGGUUGUUUUAAAACUUUUUUUUCUCUAUGUUCGCCAAAUUUUCGCUUAUUGACCAAAUCAUAUGUUAAAAUUAAAAUGAUAAUCAUGAUUAUUGUGUUCGAAUAAUUAGUUGGAUAUUUGAAUUUGCGAAAAUACCUACAUACAUAAUUUUCUUCACUCUAUUGGUAUGUAACUUGAUAAGAAUUCAUAAGACAAAGAAUAAAAUUAAUAAUUUUACAUGUAUGUAAACUGUGUAUUUUGUAAUCUUCGAUAUUGAAAGUAAAAUGAACUCAUAAAGCAUUAAAA